AUGCCUGCGUUGCAAUUCUACAUGCCGUCAUGCGUCUGUCCACGGCCAACGCCGUUUGAAGGCGGCUACGACACCCCUACGCGGCUACCGCUCACGCUGCCGCCCCGACCCAUCGUCCUCCCAUCGUUUCCGCACGAGUGUCCUACGCAGACACCGCGCGGUGCGCUCGCCGUCGAGUUUGCACUUGCCAACGUGACGCCGGACGCAGUCGCCCAGCACGUGGUCUUUCUUCGGUUUGAACCCGCGGCGAGCGAGCCCAACGCGCUCCGUGUCGGCGACCAAGUCCCCUGUGCAUGCAUCGUCGACGACGUGCAGUCGACGACGCAUCCGACCGGCACGUGGCUGCCGAGCCAAGAGUACGUUUUCGACCAGGCGACGGGGCUGGCGCAUUGUACAUACGUGCCUUUGACGCGAGACUGGUCGUUUUCGUGGUCCCAAGCGUGGCCCGCCGCGACGUUGACGGCGUACCUCUUUGUCCGGCGCCAUGACGCCGUCUUGCAAGUCGUCGCGUCGGCGCGGUCACCCGCGUUCGCCAUCCGACCAACGCCGCCGUCGCCGCCCGCUUCCCCUUCCAUUGACGCGUCAUUGGGUGUCAUUCUGGCGUUUGUGAGCGCGCUGCCACCGGGCGUCGGCGGCGCCAUCGUGAGCCGCCAUGUGCAGUCGCAGCUGCUACAUCCGCUCUUUGCGCGUCUCCAUAUGCUGUCAACCGAGAUGUACCGUGACGACCACGCGCGCAUUCUGCCCUUGGCGGUCGACCGCCUCUCAGUUCCCGUGACGACGCUCGAAGCCACGUGCUUGGGCGUCGCGACGUCACUCUUUGAUCCCAGCCUCGUCCAGCAACUGCAAGCGCUCUGUCUCGACGACGCGGACUGUCUCUUGGACAAGGACCGGCUCACGACGUUGUUCCAGGCGUGGAAGACGCUUCUCGCAGCCUACAUCGACCAGUGGCUGCAGCGCUAUUCCCGCUACGACUCGCAUACGCAGCUCGUGCUCGAUGUCAAGGCGGUCGCGCCGCACCUUCAUAGCACUCCGUCUUUGUUUGAGCCGUUUGUCGCGCAGCUGCGGGAGCUCUACAUGGCCAAGGCGCAGCCCCAAGAAGCAUGGCCGCUGCACCAGCCAUUGUCGCCGUUUGACGGGCGCUGGCUCUGCGCGAUCUUGCCGCCACACCACCCAGGUGUCCCCGCCCCCGUGCUGCCAUUGCUCCAAUGGGUCACAAUGGCGUACUGUUUUCGAAUGCACCUCGAUGUCCACAACGUCUUGCACGUGCGCUCGGACCUCGCGAUUCACUCGACCAUCUGGUCGACGUACAUCCUGGACGACCGACUGCACGUUGCCCGUGUCUUUCCCAACGGCGCCAACACGCUGCGUGAGUGGAGUGCGUCGUGGCUCCACGGCGAUUACACGGGUCACGUGCGAUCACCAGGAGUGAUCUGCCUCACGUUCUACGCCUGGCCGCUCCAAGACGCGUCGACGGCCUACAUUGCCCGCGUCCAAAUGACCGCGACGACGCCAACGCGGCUGCAGUUCCAGUGGAGUCUGGCGUCCUCGAGCGUGACGCCGGACGCCGACUUUGUGACAAUGACGACCGAGGAGCGCCAAGCGUGCUUGCGCGAGACCGAGACGCCGCUGAUGGCACUCGAUCUCACCUACCACCGCGUCCAAGCACCGGGCGACGGCUACGCUGCUAUUUAA